AUGCUGAUCUCUAUAGCGCUCGCCUGCCUGCUCGGCCCAGCUGCAGCCUAUCCGAUUGUUCAGAAGGAUGUUUUAGAUGAACUGGUCACUCAGAGCAGUCUCAACGUGGUCAGCAAUCCAGUGAUUCAGCAGGAGCACAUAACAGUUACUGCUGCCAUACUGCUGGGUACUGGAGUCCCUGAUGUUCCUGCAGUUCCAGAUGUUAAUGUUGUUCCAGGGGAUGGACAGCAGAUUGAGGGUGAACAGGCAGCAGCACACAGCUCAUCUGAAUCUGAAAGCUCUGAGCAAAGCCAGUCAGUGGAGAAUCCAACCGAGCCCCCUUCAGAAAACACCUCUGAAAGCACAGAAGAAGAUUCAGAUCCACACACAUCUGAGCAGGUGUCUGAAUCACAGGAUGUGACAUCAGAGGACAUGACAUCUGAGGAGACCCCCAGCCCACUUGAGAUCCAGCACCUAGAACACACUGAUUCUAAUGGGGAAUUGAGGGAUGACAGUCAGGGCAGCGAGGAACACAUUCACAAGAGUUGGCUCCAUGCUUUCAGACGCAAUUUUCAUCGUCAGAUUCAUGGCGGAGACAUCAUGGGAGGUGUGGCUACAGACCCACCAGUUACUGAAGUUGCUAUAGGAACUGCUGCUGUGGGUGUAACUGUGGGUGUGGCUGAGGCUGCAACCAUAGCCGUGUCCAACAGUCCAGCUCUGGCACCAGCUGUGAGCACCCCUGUGCCGGCGGCACCCGCAACUGAGGCUCAUGUGACUGAGACGGACAGCGCAGCCAGUGAGAGCAAAGAAAGUCAAGAGGAGGCAGAACUUAAUGAAUGGAACAAGUGCAGUGAGAUGUUGGAAAAUGGCGACUGUGUUCCACAUCAGCCACUUAGCGAUGGUGGAAAAUUUGAAGAUGACCUGCAUCAUGAGGGGUUGCGAUUGGAGGAGGACCUUGGCCACAUGACCAUUUAACUGAGGAACUGGCCAGUUUAGAAGAUCCUUUUUCAUUAUAUUACAUACUAAUGCUUCGCUAAACCUUAAGUACUUUUAGUACUACACUACUGACAAAGCGUUUUCUUUAACUUUAACACUACACUACCCACAAUGCCCUCAUUGCACUUUUAAAACUAACCACAAAUCUUUUCCAGCUUCCCAUAACACUACCCAUAAAUCCCUCACGGUAUGUGUACACUGGCACUUUUCUGCAACACAAGUCACUGUGCUGGAUCUCUCGGCUCACCGCGUAUGACAUAAGUUUAAUAUUUUACAUUUUUAGUAAACCUCACUGUAAUCUAUAGUUCUAUAAAUCCAUAUUCCGCCAUUUGUAGCUUGUCUUCUGUGGUUGAAAGGCGUGUAUGUGAGGCUCGUAUGUGUGUGAAGUCGUAGCCUGCUGUUCCCUGAUUGGCUGGACAUUCAUUUGAAUAAAGUUGAACUUAUCGCCGGAGGGCAGAGCUACGUUCGACGCAACGCAACCCAGCAUGCACCGUGGCAUGUGGCGGCUCUCGGCAUUGAAAUUAAUAGGAUGCGUCAGGGCUUAAGUGCCAGUAGACACAUACCCUUCCUCCACAUUUAACACUAAUUAUGUGUCUAACUUCACGUUUAACACUACACUACCGACAAUCACCUCCCUGUAUUUUUACCACUAAUUAAUUGCAUUUUGCAUCUUUAACACAACUGUAACCACCAAUACAGUAGCUUUACAGAGGUCCCACCUUUCACAAAAGUUCAGGGGGGUAUCCUGCAUUAAAAUCAUAUACAAUAUUCCUGAAUCAUUUUUAUAAAGAACAAGAGAGAGAGACAGAGAGAGAGAGAGAUUGCAUGUGAGAAACAAAGGGUAAGACAGGAAGACACACUCAGUGAGAGAGUGACAAAUACAGCAUCCUGAUUGGUCUCUAUUCAUGCUUAGUUGACCAAUGAGGUUUCUGUGUGGGUGAGGUUUGCAGCACUGAAGUGAGCAGGAGGAAAGCACUGUGAAACACUAAUGUACAUUAUUCACUCCACGCCCAUGUUGAAACGAAGGUGACGUUGGGGGGUACGCUCCUAAACCGGAAAUUCUAAGGCAGUGAAGGAGCUGGCAGAAUAUCCACCAGUUUAAAUGGCAGCACCUGUGUGGACAACUAACCUCGCACACCUCCCUGAAUUAACAGUGAAAGCAGUCGAAAUAUGGACAAAAAUAAGUGCAAGAUUCCCCGAGCUGUUUUACUAAAAGGCUACAGCAACUGGAUUAAGGGUUGUGUACACAGUGUUGAAGGUAGCUUGGUAAUUGCCUUUGUUUGCUGUAUUAAAAACUCACAUGUUAGCUAGCUUGCUAGCUAUUUAGUUUCUAACUAACUUAGUGACUGUAGAAAAAUACCUUGUAGUUGGUCUAACUAGAGUCCUCCUUACAGGCUUCACCAGGGAUCUUGCACUAUUUUAAAAGUUAAAUUUACUACCUAAUUUUAAGACCUUUUUAUUUAAUUUUAAGACCAAUAAAUAUGUAGUCAUGAUUUGCACUGCUACCUCUGGGGAAAUAUUUACACAGAAGUGCUUUAGACUGGUAAAUCUUACAGUGUAAUUUAAAAAUUAUAUUCUACAGUAGAAAACAAUUUGUUGUAUUGGAAAUCAAAACUUAACGUAGCUAACUCGCCACUAAGGUUACUGUGUUAUCUAGCUCGCUGCUAAUGUUAGCUAGUUUGCCGCUAACUUUAGUUCUCUUCCUGGUAAUGUAGCUAACUUGUUGCUAAUGAUAAGCUAAUGUUAGCAUGUUAGCUACCUCACCACUAAUAUUAGUAUGUUAGCUAGCUUUCUGCUGACCUUAGUUCUCUCCCCAGUAAUGUAGCUAGAUAGCUCGCUGCUAAUGUUAGUGUGUUAGCUAGCUCACCGCUGAUGUUAGCUAGCUCUCUGUUAACCUUAGUUCUCUUUCUGAUAACGUUAGCUAACUCACCGCUUUUGGUAGACGAUGGUGACGUAGGUGAAUAAAGCGUAAACACAACACUAGUCUAUCCCUACUGGAUUGGGUGAAAUAAUGACAUCGUUGCUUUGUCCCAAUGGCUUCUCUAUUCUCUGAUCUGCAGUGGAUAAAAUUAGUGCAAAAACAUGUGGAGGUGAGUUUAAACAGGGUUCAUUCGUUCAUUAGCAUUGCUAACAUUAGGUAAACUAGAUGGAUAGGUGUUACAGAGCUACUCUACCCUAUCCACUAUCACAUUAUCACAUUAUCACAUUAACCCUAACCCUAUUCACAUUAAAAUUAUGUUAUAUAGCAAGUAAAGAUUUCAAUACAAAUAUUUAUUUUUUUUAUUACAGAAGCCAAACAAGCAGUCAAAAAAAAAUUGGGGCCGAGUUGUUAAUCCUACCUCCCUGAAGUGAGUUUUUGCAGGGUGUGAUGUCUGUCUUUAGCGCUACUCACAAUUCCCUUUAACAUUAUAGUUACUUUCAUUCCCUCACUGCAACUUUAAAACAGCACUACUCACAAUCCCCUCUCUUCACCCAGUCAAUGAAAAACAGAAAAGCUUUUGCUCAGUACCUCCAGGGGGCGCUGUAGCCAUGUUUGAAUUAUUUAACCAUGUGUGAAUGAAACACAUUAACUAACAGAAUGUAUUUAUUUAAUACUCAUUCUUACUCACUGAAAACUGUAACACUGUAAACACAUCAUUACUCAAAACAUACAUAUAUACUCAUAUAAGCACUUAUAUAAACACUAAUGUGUAUGUGCACUGAUGCGACUGUAUUAACAUUUAUCUUCAUUAACCACAAAUUUUUAUAUUCUCAACAGAUUCUUUUAGUGUUUAUUUCUUCAGCCUCAUAGACUCGUCUGUGUGUGAUCUGUUUCUAUUUAUGACUGUUAUCAUGUGUGAGUGUGUGUAUGAUGGGUUUGCAUGGUGAUGAUAUGUGAUCAUAUAAAGACUGUGUAAGUUAUAGUUUAUGGCACGCCUCGAUAUCGAGCGCAGACAUUUAACCCUUUAAUGUGUCCUUUGAUUUGUGUUUCUGCAAACUGUGAUUAAAUUCUGAUUAGGAGUGUGUAUUCA